AUGUCUUUGUUUAACGUACAAAAUUACAAAACAAAUUUAGAUGCUGCAAUACAAGCACUAGAUGAUUUACGUAUAUCUGUAGGGGACCUUUACAAUUAUUUGGGAAGAACGUGGCAAGAAAAAGAUGAAUCAGAUGACGACUCUUCUGAAUCUCUUAGUUUAUCUGAAGAUUCUACUACUGCUGAACUGCCUCCCGUUAUACUUCAUAUUGACACCCUUAGGCUUAAAUUAGAGAAGACGUAUGUCGCAGAGAAGUCAUUUGGCAACCAAGUCGAUACUUGCAAAGAGAAUGUUGAGAAAAUUGUUGAGGCCAGAGGCGAAGAUAUGAAAUCUCUCCCAUUAUUAAAACUCCAUAAAGACCCACCUGAUUUGUCUCUUACAACAUACUGCCAAACAAUUGAACAGAACGGUCGAGAUGCAUUGGAUGUUUUUCUCGACGAAUAUAACAAAUAUUUCACACAUAUCAAAGAUCUCACUCAGCUAGACAGAAAGGCUUUGGAUCAAAGUCUGGACGAAAUAAUACAAUCAUGGUUAUCGCAAGCUCCUCCAAAACCAAAAAUGCAAAUAGAACGCAUCGUGCCCGAAGCAAAAAGAAACGUGUCGACUAUGGCUGUGACCGUGGAUGGAAUAUUCAAGGUAACAAUAAUAUUCAAAACGGGUAGGACUGGAAUACCAAUCUCGAUUAUACGGAUAUCCUUUACUGGAGCAAAUGAGCAGAAAUCAAUACGCGAAUCAUCCGAUCUGUUGGUAUAUCAAAAAAUCACUCAGAUUGCAAUAAAUAAGCUCAAUGAUUUGGAUACAGAUAAUCCAAUUCACGACCUGCUGACUAUUAAAGAACAGAAAAUACUAUACUCUGCAUUCAACUUGCAGUGUGCCAAGCUAGAUGUACAGAAGCAAUCAAUGCGAGCAAUGAUGGUUCGAAGAGAUAGUCUCGCAGCACAGGAAUUCAAGAUCAGUUUAAUAUUAAAG